AUGGAGCUCACUUCAGCCCUACACCACAAAGAACAGGUCUCCUGGAGGGGACUCCUGCUUAUAGCCUCACUUUUAACCUACUGGACCUCGCCCACCACUUCUUGUUCUAAUCGGUAUUCCAUGAUUGAAAUAGUUCCACCCUAUGUUGGAGAAGGGGACGAUGUUUUUCUACACGCCCGCAAUUUGAGUCUGGCAAUGAUACCCAAGCCCAAAACCACAAGCAAGAAUUUUUAUACCAGAGAGCGAUCUCCAGUAGCAUUAAUGUGUGAGCCUAAGACUCAGAAUAUAAUCUACCUGUGGAGGAUAAAUGGCCAAAGCCUCUCUGAGGAGGACAGGUUGAUGCUGUCUGAGGACAACAGGACUCUCACUUUACUCAGUGUUGUAAGGACUGACACAGGACCCUAUGAGUGUGCAAGAUGGAACCCAAUGAGUGCCUCCUGAGGUCACCCAAUUUCUCUGAACAUUACCUAUGGUCCAGAUGUCCCGAUCAUAUUCCCCUUAAAUAUUCAUUUUCGUUCAAGAACAAACCUCAGCCUCUCCUGCCACGCAGAUGCUAACCCAACUCCACAGUACUCUCGGUUUGUCAAUGGAGAGCUCCAGUCAUCCUCCCAAAAGCACUUUAUCCCCAACAUCAAUACUAAUCAAAGUGGAUCCUCUAUCUGCCUCGUCUAUAACUAUUUCCCUGGAGUCAAUAGCACCACAGUCAAGAACAUUACAGUCCUUAAGCCAGUGACUCUGCCCUUUAUCCGAGUCACCAAUACCAAAGUCAUAGAACUGGACUCUGUGUUCCUGAGCUGCUCUUCAAAUGACAUGGGGAUCUAUAUCAGUUGGUUCUUCAAUGACAUCUCCAUCCAAUGGCUCUUCAAUGGCCAGAGUCUGGGGCUCACGAAAAGAAUGAAGCUGUCCCAGAACAAUAGUACCCUCCACAUAGACCCUGUCAGAAGAGAGGAUUCUGGGAAGUACCAGUGUGAGCUCUCCAAUCCAAUCAGUUCCAAGAGGAGUGACCCCAUCAAGCUGGACAUACAGCCAAUGACUCUGUCCUUCAUCCAAGUCAUCAACACCACAGUCAAAGACCUGGACUAUGUGCUCCUGACAAGCUUCUCAAAGGACCCUGAUAGCUCCAUCUCUUGGCUCUUCCAUGGCCAGAGUCUGGGUUUUGCGUACAGUAUGAAGCUGUCCCUGAACCACAGCACCCUCAGCAUAAACUCUGUUAGGAAUCUCAAAUGGGACCCAACAAGUCACACUGUGUACCCCUUUGUCCCUUUGUCCAAACAUCUCUACUUCCAUAUUUUCAUUGUAAAAAGUCAUUGGGUAGCACCUUGA